AAAGGAACAACAUUUUUCCAAAUUUGAAAUUUAAUCCGCGCUCAUGCUAAGCGAAUCUCCGCCGUCCAUCUUCUACCCCCAAUCGGCAGGCUCACUCUCCGUCUCUCCACCCGCAGACAGUCUGUCCAUUCUCUCUUUGUCCGGAAAAUUCUAAUACUCUCAACGGAUUAAACGAUCAAUGGCGACGAUUCUCUAAAACCAAACAAAGGAGAAAAUGACGACGAUAGAGAAGCUGUUCGUGCAGAUCUUCGAGAGGAAGAAGAGGAUAAUCGAGCAAGUGAAACACCAGACCGAUCUAUUCGACCAACACCUCGCCUCUAAAUGCCUUCUUGACGGAAUUGCGCCUCCAACCUGGCUAUGGUCUCCUUCUAUUCCUACCUUUGUCUCAGAUCCAAAUGUCACAGAGUUGAAGAAAGAGGAGCUUAUAUCAGAACUCUUGCUUCCGCGUCCUCAACCUGUAAACCCUUGCUCCAGCAGUCAUUACUCUUUAUAUCAAAAGCACAUUGUUACUGCUGAUAACAAGGGGUUGACAAAUGCUUCAUGCACAGAAGUUCUUGCUUCAACCGAUGGACUUGAUGCAGGUGAUAGGUUGUCGAUUUUGCCUUCAUAUCUUGUUGAUGAUACUCAAGAUGGACUCAAUGGUGUUCCGGAGCUGGAUUUCAGUGUUACAUCUCCUCAAGAUUGCUUAGAUACAAAAAUAUCAGAAAAUGGUCCUGAUCACGCUCAAUCAUUGGUGAAGAUUCAAAGAUCAAAGUCAAGGCAAAAGGCUCUAGAGAUACGCAAUAGUGCAAAAGCAAAUAAGUCACAUUCAUUUGAUGAAAAUAAUGCUGGUGUUUACACCAGUCAAGUUUCAGGAUCUGGGAUUCAUUCACUACAAUAUGAGAAUGUUGAUGGACAAGAGUUUGUUAAAUCUGUUGAGGCACAUACUGAAGGUUGUGAAGAAGCAGCAACUAAAGUAGGUGAAUUUCAGGGGAAGGAAAAUAAUAGAGAUAUUUAUUGUGGUAUAACUACGAGAUCGGGAAGUUCUAGCCAACUGAACAGAUCUGCGAAUGGUCCUGGGAAUGAUGGCGACUCUUCUUACAUUGCCAAGGAAGGUGGCCCUAUGAAGUCUAUCAAUGACUUAAUACAAUUGCCUAACUGUUUCAAUGAGUUAUCAGAACUAGCAAACCCUUCUGCUCUUGCUAAAACAAGUGUUACGGCAGAAGAAGCAAAUGUGGUUAGUUGCAAGGGAAAUGAAGUAAAUAGCAAUGUUUUCUCUGAUAAAAUUACAAGGUCUAAGUGUUCUAUCUCUCAAGCCAGCACUUUGAAGGAGCCUCUGGAACUAGGUAACUCUUCUAGUGUUGCCAAGGAAGAUGAUGGGCAUAGAGAGCCUUUUGAUAAAUCAAGAAACCAGUGUAACUCUGUUAGUGAGUUACUGCAAUUGGUCAAGGCUUCAUCUGUCAUCUCUAAUGGAAGUUGUGGAUCAAGGAAAGCAAAAACCAGGGAUAACUGUGUCAAGGAAAAGGGAAGCAGCACUUAUGGUGGGAGAAUAACAAGGUUUAGAAGUGCUAACCCACAACCUAAUUGUGAGAAUGAGUGUUUGAAGCUGGAGCGCUCUUGUGGUGACGGGAAGGAAGAUGGUGUUAACAAAGCAAAACAACUGUCCAGUCAUGCUGACAACUUAAGGGAAUCAAUUAAGCCUUUAGAUUUCACUAAUGAAAGUUGUGAGGAGAAAGCAAAAGUGAGGGACUGCCAAGACCUUGACGUGAGGAAUGAUGCUUAUUGCCAUGGAAUAACAUGCUCUUUUACUGAAAAAUUUGUUCAUGUUAAUGAGUUCCCGAAAGUGGAUAUGGCUUCUAGUAAUAUGAAGGAUAAUGAUUGUACGCAUGCUCAGUCUUUGGGCAAAUCAUCACAACUACCUGAACAAUCAAGUUUUGUUGAAGGCGUUAACCUUCAGGUUCAAUCAGGUACUCAACCAAAUGUCAUGUCCUGUAUUGAAAGCAAUAUAGCUGAAACUGACAUAGGAGGUUAUGAUGGGCUAGUUGAGGCUUGUUCUGUUACUUCUGGAUCCAGCUUGGAUGGUUCUAAGUCCAGAGCAGAAGUUUUGGAGUCAAUGCCACCUGGUGAAUGUUUUAUGCUUGUGCAGCCCAAGCAACUUGAUUUUGAUGAUGUGGAAGGGAGCAGUUUGCUUGAAACUUCUGAUCCUACCUUAGAAAAUAAGCAAGAAAUUACAUCAGAGAAACAGCUUUCUACCUUGUUACAUUCAACAGAUCUAUUGGAUAAAGUAACAUCUAAUGCUCUGCAUGAAAAACCUAAUCCAUCUACAGAUAUGCUGUUGCUGGAGAAGCAGAAGUUUUCAAGCAAAGAGAAGAAACCUGGGAAGGAUUCAUCUGAAGCUUGCAUAAUUGAUGAUGUGGGUGUUGUUGAUGAAAUUAUCACUAAAUCUGUACAGCAGAAAAUGGAUUCGUUCAUUUCUAGAAAUCAAAAUGCGGAUUCCUACUUCAUGGGUUCAUGGCCUCAGCAUAAGCGAAUAAAAAUAGGGGGUCAAUUUACUAAUACCCUUUCUGCUUCUCGAAGUUUGAACAUAGAACCAUAUCAGCCUAUUCAAAUGUAUCAUAUGGAACAUGCAGCGCAAUUAGAUGUUCAAAACAGCCUAGUUAGAGACAUGCAUCAAAAUAUGGAGGACCAACAGAUAGAGGAAUCUGAAGUUUUACCAUCGAACCUGCAAGUUGAAGAGGAUGCAACUACCUUGGAAGGGAAGGAUAGAAGUGCAAGUACUGCUUUUACUUUGAUGGUUGAACAACAAGGAGAACCUGUGGUCUCAAGUUUGAAAAAGCUGGCUGAUGGUGUUUCUCAAGGCUGUUUUAUGGAGAAAGCUGAAGAGGCAGCCUGUGAUGUGACAGGGCAGCCAACUGCAGUAGAGAACCAGGUUUUAUUUCAACUUGCAGAUAAAUUAGAACUGGGAGUUGAAGACGUCCUGACAUGUACUGGAGACACCACGCAGGACAAGAAAUAUCAUUUGGGAGAAAAGGACAGCUUGUCCUACUCUUACUCUGGUUCUCCUCAUACCCGCUCCAAGAUUGGUAAUGAUCAAAAUAUGCCUGAGUUUGAGAGUUUUUUCAUGGAAAGCAAUGACAAACGGCCAUGCACUGCCAACGAGGGAAUCAACUUUGACAAGUUGGAUCUUCCACCUACUUCACUAGGACGUUCAAGUGUUUUAGAGAAGCUUUGCAAAUCCAGUAGCCUGCACACACCACUUUCCCAUUUUUCAGCUACUUAUAAACUGCACAAAGCAUUAAAUUUAUUUCAGUCCAUUCCAAAUGGGCUUUUAGAGGGCAUGGAACUGCAGAGCACCCUUAAUACGAAUGGUGAUUGGAGUGAGCAACUUGGUGAUAGUUACAGUUACUUGAAUGAGGAUGUCAACUAUGCUCUUCAUGGAAGGUCCCAUUCUGUCUCUCUGCCAUUUUCUAAUGCCCAAGCUGCAUGCGAUAGUAGGAAACGUUGUAUGUCUCCAGUGGGGAAGCUUUGGGAUGGAAUCCCACUAAAGUCUGGCAGUUCUGGGAAGAGAGUGAGCUCAAUUCCAGAGCUUCCUAGCAUUAAUGAAGAAAAUGAGAAUAUAGAUGGAGCGCCUACUGCAUCUCUGAAAGAUAUUGGUCCAGAAGAGAUGAUUAGCUCAGUCAAAAGAGAGCCACUUGCUGACAUCACAAAGAAUUCAAAUACUCUAAUAUCAGUUUGUGAAGCUCAGAUACAUGGUGAUAGAAGCAGUCUUGCUUCUAUGAACACAGAAUUCAGCUUCAGUGGAACUUGUGACAGGGCCAAACCGAAGUUGGGGAAUCAGAAUGGUAACAAAAGAAGAUUUACUAGUAAGAACAAGGAGAACCAGAAUUUAUCACUAGGACGAGAUGGUGUUAAAAGAGAAAAGGAAUCAGUUCGUACCAGAUUUAGUAAACCAACUUUAUCUAGAAAAACUGGUUUGAGGAAAGGAGGCCCAAGUCUGUCAGAGAACGAGUCUAAACGUAGCAAUAUAGUGUCAAAUAUUACUUCUUUUGUUCCACUUGUGCAACAAAAACAAGCUGCUGCAGUCAUUACUGGAAAGAGGGACGUCAAAGUGAAGGCCUUGGAGGCUGCUGAGGCUGCAAAGCGUCUUGCUGAAAAGAAGGAGAAUGAAAGAAAGAUGAGAAAGGAAGCCUUGAAGCUUGAGCGAGCAAGGAUGGAAGAACAAAUGGAGCUAGAGAAGAAAAAUAAAGAAGAACAGAAGAAAAAAGAAACUGAUAUGGCAGCAAAGAAAAAGCAGAGGGAAGAAGAAGAAAGGAAAGAGAGAGCAAGAAAAAGAAAGCGUGUUGAGGAUGGAAAGAGACGCCAGCUGCAACACGAGAAAAAGUUUCAUGCUGAGAAAGAAGAUAAAGAUGUAAAAUUCCAAGCUCCAGAUGGAAGAGCAUCCGAGAUGAAGGAAUCCAAAGACAGAUUAGGAAAGCAUGGGAUGAUUGAAAAGAUAAAGGGAGACAACAGUCUUCUGACAGUUCCUCACGCUAAACCUACAACUACGUCUAGCAAGGUUUCAACCGUUGACACUAUAAAUGCAAGUAGCAUUCCUGAAGAUUGUGAGGCUUUGGGAAAUUAUGGAGAUAAUUCAAAGGUGAUGGGAUGCUUUUACAAGAGAAGUGAGAGUGGCAGUGUAAUUUCUAAUGUAAGUCAAGAACAAUCCUAUGACAUUGAACAAUCCUAUGACAUUUCUCCGUAUAAAGGUUCAGAUGAUGAAGACGAAGACGAAGACGAUGACGAUGACGUCCCAAAUACUAAAUUUGUUCCAUCAUGGACCAGUAAAAGUCAGCUGGCUCUGGUUGUUACAUCUCAGCAAAGAAUAGAUCCAGAAUCAAUUUUUCCCCCAGAAAGCUUUUGUAGUAUUAGUGAAGUUCUCUUGCCAAGAAGGCUUCAGCAAAAAUAGUGGUUGUACCAAUAAAGUUGGAAAAUUCUAUAAUAGAUUUUGGAAGUCCAUUUUGCAGCCGAAUUCAGGAGUAGGUGAUUUCCUUUUAUCACAUUUGUACCUAAAGAUUGUAAAUUUAUAAUAAUGUAUAUAUUUCUCAUUCCAUGUGUAGAUUAGAUCCUUAGCAAAGUGAGAAUACUUGAACAGAUUAUCUAGUUGGUGAUCUACUGCUAAGCCUUUUGUUUGUUAACUGACUGAAGCAACCUCGUCAGCUAAGGUAGCAAAAAGAGUGCACCUUUUAUUUUAUAUGAAGACGAAAGAAAAUGAAAAUGAAAAUGCCUUUCUGUA